AGGUUCCGCACUCGGCAUAUACUGUUAUUAAGCAGGCAAGAACUUGUGUUGUUUCACCAAUUCAAUUUCUUAGGGUUGGGGUUCCCUGCUCAAAUUCUCCACUGUAAACUCAGUUUUUCCACAGAAAAAUGGUGGAAUCGGAGUCGGAGGUCGCCGGGCGAAUCGUUAAAAUCAGCCAACGGUUUGCCUCUCACAAAGCUUGCCCCGGCAAAGACACUCUCGUCAAAUUACUCAAAGAAGCUGUAGAUGCUUUGGAACAGCUAGAACAGUCUGAAUCAUUGAAAUCUAUGUUGACUCCUUUAAGCAGAUCUCUUGUUAGAUUUGCUCUGCUAAAGCACAAGGAUAGAGAUGUUAGACUUCUUGUUGGUAUCUGCUUCUGUGAAAUUAUCCGGGUCUUGGCACCAAAUCCUGAUUUCAGUGAUGCAACUUUUAGGGAUAUUUUUAGACUUCUAUUAAGUAUUUUUGCGGAGCUUGAUGAUACCAAACACGCCUUCUUGGAUAAAAGGGUUCAACUGUUGGAAACUGUUGCAAAGCUCCGUUUUUGUGUGAUAAUGCUUGAUAUUGGUUGUGAAGAUUUAGUUCUCAAAAUGUUCAAAAUCUUUUUCAGCAUUGUGAGGGACCACCACCCAUUGAGUAUGAUUGAUGCUAUGUCAUCUAUAAUGACAGAUGUUUUGGAGGAGAAAGUGGUGGAGAACAGCUCUGAGCUGCUUUCAUCUGAAGGAAAGGUAUCUGAACCGCUUCUAGACGUGAUCUUGCAAAAUCUCCUGAAAGAAACAAAGGAUAUUUCUGCUUCCAAACGGUUGGCUAUUUACAUCAUUCAGAAUUAUGGUGGCAAGCUUGAGCACAUUAUUGCUAGGUUUUUAAGAUCUUGUAUACUGAACAGAGAUGCUGUCGGAAGCAUGGUGAAAGAAUAUUACCACGAGAUUAUAUAUGAAAUAUUCCAUUGUGCUCCUCAAAUGCUUAUUUCUGUCAUUCCUACCUUGACCAAUGAAUUACUGACAGAUCAAGUAGAUGUUCGUAUAAAAGCUUUAAACUUAAUUGGGAAACUUCUUUCAUUGCCCGGAAACCAUGUUGCCAAAGAUUAUCGCUAUCUCUUUAUGGAGUUCUUAAACAGAUUCUCUGAUAAGUCAGCUGAAGUGAGACUCAAUGCUCUUUCACAUGCAAAAACUUUGUACAUAGCCAAUGAACUGGAGACUGAAAUCACUGAAUCCUCUCAAAGCUCCAAAACUGAAGUUCUAAGUGCUCUCGAAGGUCGACUCUUAGACCUUGAUGAUGGGGUGAGGGCAAAAGCAGUGACUGUGCUGUGUGAUUUGGCAAGGAAUAAUUUUAAAUCAUUCCCCUCUAAACUAAUUUCUCUUAUUGCAGAUAGGCUGCGUGACAAAAAGGUAUCUGUCAGAACGAAAGCAUUGAAGAAGUUGCUUGAAGUCUAUCAGGAAUAUUGCACAAAAUGCGCUCCUCAUGUUUUGGAUCUCAGUGACUCCCUGGAACAGAUUCCUUGCAAAAUUUUGAUGCUUUGCUAUGGAAAAGACUGUGAAGAGUUCAAGCCUGAAAGAGUGGAGCAUUUGCUAGCUGAGGAUCUAUUUCCUGCUUCUCUUUCAACUAAGGAGAUAACUAAGCACUGGGUCUUCAUUUUCUCACUUUUUACACCUCCUCAUCUGAAGGUGUUGAACAUCAUUUUAUCUCAAAAACGAAGGUUGCAAAAGGAGAUACAAGACUACUUAGCUCUCCAGAACAAAGAUGAUGACCAGUGCCUGGAGGACAUUGAAAUGAAAAUUAAGAUAUCAAUUGUGAAAAUGUCAGCAUUGUUCACAGAUCCUGCUAAAGCAGAAGAGUGCUUUCAUAAGCUGGACAAAGUGAAAGAUAAGGGAAUAUUUGAUGCACUGGAAAAGGUGUUAACUCAAGUGGCUGGAGGAAAUGCCCAGGUGAUAAGGGAUAAUCUUUUGACAGUAAUUGGAGAUAGCAGUCCACAUUUUGAGUUUCUGCAAUUACUCUUCAAGAAGUGCUCAUUUAAUAUAUUUAAUUCCCAGCACGUUCACUAUAUGCUAGAGCGUCUCUCACUUGACAGAUUUGAGCAUUUGGAGCAUUCUUGUGUUCAACUCCUGUUGACUAUUGUCAAUGCAUUCCCUUCACUCCUGAGAGGUUUAGAAAUACAUUUCCGGCGUCUAUUACUGGAGGGGGUGAUCCCCAUCAAUGACCUGUUGCUUCAAAUGCUGGCAAACGGAACAUGCAUUGGUAUCAAAUUAAGUGAUAUUUAUUCUUCCCUGGAGAGGAUAUGCUUGGAGGGUAGUCGCACUCAAUCUAAACUUGCUUGUUCUGCAAUUGCUGCACUGCUUGGUCCUUCAGAUCAAUUCCUUUUUCCAGAUUUGUGCAAGAAACUUGUGGAUUCUCUACGUAUGGGGCAGCAGAUUCAAACUGUUUUGCAGUCUUUGGGCUGUUUGGCACAGCAUUCCGUUGUAGCAUUUGAAGCACAUGAGCAGGAGGUUACUCAUUUUAUCACCAAGGAGAUAUUCCAAUCAAAGGAUGCUGGCUCAUCAGAAGAUCAGGCUUUGCUAGAGAACUCUUCAAAUUGCAGCAGUUAUUGCAAAUUGAAGAUUUUUGGGCUUCAAAUGCUGGUGAGGAGCUUUUUGCCACACAAACACACACACAUUAGUCGUCCUAUCAGUUUUUUGCUAGAUAUUAUCCUACAUAUGCUUCAGAAGGGUGCCUUCCCUCAGAGUAUGAUCUCAAGUGAUUCUGAUAGCGCUCAUUAUAGAUUGGCUGCUGCAAAGUCUGUUCUUCGGCUUUCAAGGAGGUGGGAUUUGCAUAUUUCACCUGAGAUUUUCCGCCUUACAGUUUUGAUGGCUAAGGAUAAUUCUCCUUUUAUACGUGAACACUUUGUAAAUAAAGUGCAAAAGCUUUUGAGGGUGCAUAAAAUACCUUGCAGAUAUGCUUGUGCUUUGUCAUUUGCUGCAUCAGACUCUCCAGAACAUCUGAGUGAUAUUUCGAUGAAAAAUUUGGAGGAAUUUAUAAAGGACUAUAGCGAUACAGCUAGAGUGCACCAAACUUCAGUAAUGCCCAGAAAAGUGACAGAUUCUCCUGUUUACACUGUCAUUUUCUUGAUCCAUGUUCUUGCCCAUGACACAAGUUUUCCCCCAUUUGAAAGUCAAGAUGAAGAGGUUUACGCUCAGUUUUUUAGGCCACUUAUUCUUACACUCAAGGCAUUGGUUGAUGUUAAUUGCUUGGAUCGGGAUAUGGAUUCUAUCACUCAUGAUGUUUCAUACUUAAGAAAUCUUUUUCAUGCAAUCAAAAAGGCAGAGGAUGCUAUUGAUGACCAUAUGACUCAUAAGCUUCAUAUUUUAGCAGAUAUUGGAAUUUCUUUUUUGAAUUCAUUGGCUAACAGCAGUUCCUCUUCAACUCAUACUCCUGGACUUAUUCUACUGCCAUCGUCACUGUACAAAAUUAGUUCUGGUUACAAAUGCCAGGGAGGUGGUAAUUCUUUGAAGUACUGCCAACUUGAUAAAUCCUUCACCAAUAAAUUUCUUCAGCAUAUCAUAAGUUCAUCUUGGACAGCUAGAAAUAUUGGUAAAAGUUACUCAAAAAGUCAAGCAGAUUCAUUGCGUACACAUGCAACUAAAAGAUUGAAAUCAGAAUCAGCAUUUUGCAAGAAAGGCUAUAUCCCACUCACUACAACUAGAGAGCAGUGUCAUAAUCCACAUUCAGAUCAAAAGGAGCCAAAUGAAACCCUGCCACACCUCACUGGUAGAGGAAAGGAAAAUGAACCUAUGUUAUCAAUUUCUGCUCCUGUUGAAAGGGGUGAACAGAGAAACUCUGGAGAAGUGAUCAGAAAUGAACUUCUUCCAUCUACCAAUCAUGUUAUGGUAGGAUCCAUGUUCAGUCAGAAGGGUGAGCAUUUAUUUUCCUUAAAAGAAAUCGGUACAGUCACAAGAUGUAACAGUACUGCUGAACAAAUUAAAUCAUCAAAACGGACUACGUCAAAUGAUCAUGUCUCCCAGGAUAUCCAAAAUCAAGGUGAAACAUUAAUUGGGCAUCAUACAGAACUGUCUUCUGUUGACAGACGUUCUUGUUCAGGAUUAGUGGAAGGUUUUGAUUCCUGCAAUAGUGCAGACAAGGAUUUCGAUGCACGCCAAUCAAGGUUCUGUGACAACAGAGAAGGUGCCUUCUGCCAAGAAAAUGCAUCAGUGGAUAAGAGCAAAUUUCAGGGCAGAAAGAUUCCUCUGACUGCAAGCUUAAAGAAGAGAGAACAACUACUUGUUGACUCAUCAUCUUCUGAAGUCAUUGGUGGCAAUAAAGAUGCUUUGAAGCGUAGGACUCGAAGACGAAAAGUUUGAGGUGUUUUGUCAAACAGAUAAACAAAUGGGCAUCUGGCUAUGUUUUUGUACUAUAUCCAAUUGCCACAUCAAUCUUCCAGUGAAUAUGUUUUUGUUUUACUGUUAGCAACAGUUGGAUCAAACUACAGUUGGCUAAAUUAAAGUUAGUUAUGAUAGAAUGUUAUUGUUUUCUGACAAUUGAAAUUCAUAUGAUAUUGACUAGUGGGAUAUUAUAAAAACUAAUGACAUUCUAAAACUUACAUAAUUGC